AUGAUACCAACACCUGACUUAUCGCAUAUUAAAAAGCAAGACUAUGACAAAGUUUAUGAACCGGCAGAGGACACGUUCUUGUUGUUAGAUGCACUCGAAGAAGACGAAAAGCUGAUUCAAACACUUCAACCACGGAUCUGCUUGGAGAUUGGAUCUGGAUCAGGAUGUGUUACAACCUUGCUGGCCAAGAUUGUGGGCGAUUCCAAUGCAUUAUUCCUGACUACUGACAUCAAUUUCUUUGCAUGUGAAACCACUAGAAAAACAGGUUUACAGAACCAGAUUACUCGUAUUGAACCUAUUAAUACUUCGCUCGUCAACGGAAUCUUACCUAGAUUGAAGAACUGUAUAGACAUCCUUUGCUUCAACCCACCUUAUGCCGUGACACCACAUGAGGAAGUCGGAAGCUUAGGCAUCGAAGCCUCUUGGGCUGGUGGUAUCGAUGGGAGAGAAGUGAUCGACGAGUUGUUGCCAUAUGUUCAAGACAUCUUAUCUCCACACGGUUUGUUUUAUUUAUUGCUGGUGGACGAAAAUAAACCAAACGAGGUUGUGAAUAUCAUGAAGGAAGAAUACGGAAUGCAUGCAGAAAUCAUAAUGCAGCGCAGGGCUGGUAGAGAAAAGCAAUUUAUUGUAAAAAUUCAGCAUCUCAAAUAA